GUUGAUGAUAAUGCUGGAAGUCCAGAUUUGAGUAAUUAUUUGAAAAAAGAUGGUAGCGUUGCUAUGACUGGUAACCUAAAUCUUGGAAACAAAAAAAUAGUUGAUCUCGCUACUCCAACAUCAAAUACAGACGCCGCAACAAAGAAAUAUGUAGAUGACAACACAGCUGCCCCAGAUUUAAGUGAUUACUUGGAAAAAGAUGGUAGCGUUGCUAUGACUGGAGAACUUAAUGGUGGUGGUAAUAAAAUAAUAAAUAUUGGUAAACCACUCCAAAAUAGUGAUGCUGCAACCAAAAAGUAUGUUGAUAAACUAGUUCAUAGUACAGCAGUUCAACCAAGUCAUUAUAAAAAUGAGUUUGCUUAUCUUAUGUCAAGUGGGUCUCAAUGGACUGAUGAAAUAGAUGGAAGAGUUAGUUUUAUUAUAAAUAGGAUAGAUGACUUACCACCAAACAAAGGCAACUUUCACGAUUAUAAUCACAAAGUUAUUUACAUGUAUAUAGCUAGAAAUAACAAUAAAUAUAAGUAUAAGAUGGGAAUUAAUUUUUACAGAAUACCUGCAAAUACUGAUUACACGUUGUGUUUGGAAAUACUCAACACAGAUUAUAAUCUUUGGAAUAAGUCUCAAAUAAGUGUUGACAAAGGAACUUCAAAAGGAUUAUCAAUUGGAAAUGUAGGUAUAAGAAAAUUAUCCCAUAGGUAUACUGAUUCAAGAGGGCAAACACAAACUAUGUACUACCAUAGAAUAAUAGUUAAUUUCCGAAAGUUGUCAUCUGGUAAUAAGUUCUUUCUUCACAUUCUUGUUGAUAUUUCAAACAGAGGAUAUAAUAUUGCGAAAUAUCCGAGCGUUUUUCAGGGAGUUUACAUAAUUGCUUAUGGUAUUGUGGGUACAUUUAGCAAUAUCGAUCCAGAUAAAGUUUACGACUAUCACACCGCAUUUGAUAUUAAACCAACAGAAGUGGUGUAUAAUGUUGACAUUAACGCAAAUCAAAAAGAAAUUAAAAAUAUCAAACUUGAUCGAAACAGUGACAAUAGUGCUGCAACAGUUGCAUUAGUAAAAGAACUAGCUCCUCACGCUAAAAAUAAUUUGUACAGAAAAUAUUUUGAAGAAGUUUUUGAUUUUACUAAUGCAACUAAUUACAAAUUAAGUAGAGGAGUAUCUGGCGUUGUUUUUAACUAUUUAGAGUCUAUUACUGGUAAUCCUAUAAGAGAUAUGGGUAUACCUGAUAGAACCAUAGAUGAUAUAAGAGAAAAAGGUUUAAAUGUUACUAAUUUUGUUAUUGGUUUUAGUCCUCCUGAUUAUAUUACGAAAUAUAGUUUAUGUAUUAUUUUUUAUCAUUGGAGAAAUAGAAAUUUUAGCAUAACUAAAAAAAAUACAGAUAAUGAUAAUAUUUUAGUAAAAUUGGAUUAUAAUAAAUCAAACAAUAAAGUAACUUUAACUGUCAAUAAAACAACUCAAAAUUUUACCAUGCUAAGUAGUUUUAAUGGAAAAAGGAUUGUUGUAUGGCUGUUAGAAAAUUUUAGUACAAAUGUUACAAAAGUUAAAAUAAGUAACUACAGCUCGACAUUAACUAUACCAGCCGUUCAACAAUCCUAUUUUCAACAGUUUAAUUUUACAACUGAUGAUGGAGUAUUAAGUAAAAUAAUGUAUUCUCCAAACUUUUACGACACUGACUCUGAGCAAUAUCACAAAGUAAUGCUUCAGGAAAAGUUAAAUGGAUCUUAUAUAGUAUAAGGAAACCUAUGGUUCCAUCCUCCCUUGGAUACGCCGCAUUAAUAUACACAAAAUAAUAAAUGAAAAGAAAUAGUAGUAUAAAAAAGAGUAUUUUUAAAUUUAAUCAUAUCGACAAAUCUUUAUCAGAAGAGCAAAGAGAAACUAGAACAGACCUUUAUAAACAUUAUCACAAAAAACAUUGGUGUUAUAAGAAAUCUUAUAAAAGUUAUAAACUUUUAGAUAAAAUUUUUUCUAUUUCUAGUUUAUCUCUUAUUGCUGUUGGCACUAUCACAGGGGGAUUAACAUUAAAUCCUAUUAUUCUUGGAGUAAUAAAUGGAGCAGGAAUAAUUGUGGGUGGAAUUACAAAAAAGAAGGAUUUUAAGAAAAAGAUAGAAACAACAAAACUGGCUUAUACCACUUAUGAAAAAGUAUUAGUAGAACUACGAUCAGCACUCAGAGGAGAUGAGUGGAAUAAACAAGAAUUUAUAGAUAGAAUUAAAAUUCUAGAUGAAAUGAUAAUUGAUCAAUGUCCAUCGAGUGUUGAUAACUUUGCAGAGAAGUAUAAAAAUAAAUUUAAUAUAUGA